AUGCCUCAUGAACUCGAGCCUCAUGAACCCAUGCCUCAUGGACCCAUGCCGCGUGGACCCAUGCCUCAUGGACCCAUGCCACAUGGACACAUGCCUCAUGGACUCAUGCCUCAUGGACUCAUGCCUCAUGGACACAUGCCUCAUGGACACAUGCCUCAUGGACACAUGCCUCAUGAACCCAUGCCUCAUGGACCCAUACCUCAUGGACUCAUGCUUAUAGACUCAUGCCUCAUGGACUCAUGCCUCAUGAACACAUGCCUCAUGGACUCAUGCCUCAUGAACACAUGCCUCAUGGACUCAUGCCUCACGGACUCAUGCCUCAUGGACUCAUGCCUCAUGGACUCAUGCUUCAUGAACCCAUGCCUCAUGGACUCAUGCCUCAUGGACCCAUGCCUCAUGGACUCAUACCUCAUGAACACAUGCCUCAUGGACUCGUGCCUCAUGAACCCGUGCCUCAUGGACCCAUGCCGCAUGGACCCAUGCCUCAUGGACCGAUGCCGCAUGGACACAUGCCUCAUGAAAUCAUGCCUCAUGGACUCAUGCCUCAUGGACUCAUGCCUCAUGGACACAUGCCUCAUGGACACAUGCCUCAUGGACUCAUGCCUCAUGGACACAUGCCUCAUGAACCCAUGCCUCAUGGAAUCAUGCCUCAUGGGCACAUGCCUUAUGGACUCAUGUCUCAUGGACACAUGCCUCAUGGACCCAUGCCUUAUGGACACAUGCCUCAUGGACUCAUCCCUCAUGGACACAUGCCUCAUGGACUCAUGCCUCAUGGACUCAUGCCUCAUGAGCACAUGCCUCAUGGACUCAUGCCUCGUGAACACAUGCCUCAUGGACUCAUGCCUCAUGGACUCAUGCCUCAUGGACUCAUGCGUCACGGACUCAUGCUUCAUGAACCCAUGCCUCAUGUACUCAUGCCUCAUGGACCCAUGCCUCAUGGACUCAUACCUCAUGAACACAUGCCUCAUGGACUCGUGCCUCAUGAACCCGUGCCUCAUGGAUCCAUGCCUCAUGGACCCAUGCCACAUGGACCGAUGCCGCAUGGACACAUGCCUCAUGGACUCAUGCCUCAUGGACUCAUGCCGCAUGGACACAUGCCUCAUGGACACAUGCCUCAUGGACACAUGCCUCAUGGACUCAUGCAUCAUGGACUCAUGCCUCAUGAACCCAUGCCUCAUGGACACAUGCCUCAUGGACCCAUGCCUCAUGGACACAUGCCUCAUGGAGUCAUGCCUCAUGGACACAUGCCUCAUGGACUCAUGCCUCAUGGACCCAUGCCUCAUGAACUCAUGCCUCAUGGACUCAUGCCUCAUGGACCCAUGCCUCAUGGACUCAUGCCUCAUGGACUCAUGCCUCAUGGAUCAAGUAGUGUGA